GUGACCCGGAAGUCGAGGCUGGAGAAGGGAGCAGUGCUUCCGGGUAGGAGUGAGGUGACCCUGGCUGCUGCAGUCACCUGCGGUGGAGCACCCAUGGGGGCCCACCUGGUCCGACGCUACCUUGGCGAUGCCUCGGUGGAGCCCGACCCCCUGCAGAUGCCCACCUUCCCACCCGACUACGGCUUCCCCGACCGGAAAGAGCGCGUGAUGGUAGCCACACAGCAGGAGAUGAACGAUGCGCAGCUGAUGCUCAGCCAGCGGGACUACUGUGCACACCACCUCAUCCAGCUGCUCAAGUGCAAGCGUGACAACUUCCCCAACUUCCUAGCCUGCAAGCAUGAGCGGCACGCCUGGGACUACUGUGAGCAUCUCGACUAUGUGCAGCGGAUGAAGGAGUUCGAGCGAGAGCGGCGGCUGCUGCAGCGAAAGAAGCGGCGGGAACAGCGGGAGGCUCGGGCAGCCCAGGGCCACGGCUCAGGAGAAGUGGCCCCUGAGGUGGCCCUGUAGCAUCGCCCACCACCACAUGGAUGAGAAAAGAAAUAAAAAGUGCCCAGCACUCAA